AUGAAUAGAACUUAUUUGAGAUUCACAACACCAAGUGAAAGAGAGAAAGAAAGAAAGAAAGAAAGAAAGAUGGAAACUGGUAAUAAUAAUCAUCAUCAUCAUCAACAUCAGAAUCAAUCAUUGGAAUCAAUGAUUUCAGCAUUGCCAUCGGCAUCGCUAUCACCAAGACCCACUCACAAUGGUACACCAAGAUCUCCACAUCAGAAUGAUGAUUUCUUAAACGAUGGAAACAUUCCAUCGAAAGGUACAAUUAUAACAAUAUUGAAUAAAUUCUUGAGUAGAAGACCUGCAAAAGAAGAUUUGAUUCAAAAUAGAGUAUUAAAGUCAGAGUAUAGACCUAUUGCUCUGCGUUAUAGCGUCAUCGAUACACUCUGUAAUCACUUGGAGAGGAAUGCAUUGACACAGGAAGGUAUAUUCCGUGUAUCUGGUUCUGCCAAUCAGAUUCGUUUGUUCUGGGCAACAUUCGUAAGCGACAACAUUGAUUUCCAAUCGAUCACAAACGAGCACAACGUAUCGGGUGCAUUGAAAUUGUAUAUUCGUGAACAAACAGAUCCACUCAUUCCAUUCGAACAAUGGUCAUCAUUCGUUACAAAUCUAAUGACAAAAAAUCAUCAGGUUGAACCAGCAGAUAUAUCAAAUUUAUUAACAAAGGUAUCGUCAGUGGAGUAUUUGAGGAUCAUAAAGAGAAUAUUGAGAAUGUUGGUGGUGUUUGCUAGACACGCCAAAAUCAACAAGAUGAAUGCAUUCAAUAUGGGUGUGGUUUUCGGUCCGAAUCUUUUCCGUUCCAAAGCGGAUUCGCCAACCAUCAUGUACGAGUCGAAAUACUCCAACGAAUGUGUCACCAAGCUGAUAUUAAAUUAUGCAAGAGUAUUCCCAGAUUUAGAUAUUCCACAUUUAGGAACUGAAACAAAUACAGAAGAUUAUGUAGAUGAAAAUAAUACAAAUAACAAUAAUAACAACAAUAUAAAUGCAACAACAAGUAAUAAUGGUGCUUCAUCUUCUUUGACCUCAACAAAUGGAAAUUCAAAUAGCAAUAAUAAUAAUAAUGAAAAUGGAUUGAUGGUUUCAGAUACUAUUGGUAGUUCACCAUCGCCUGUCUUUAGACCGAUUAAAAUCAGUGCUUCACCAUCGACUUCCUCACCACAGCUACUCAGUAUCACUGCACAACUCCAACAGGGAACCAAUGAAAAACGUAUUGCAAACUCACCUUCCAACUCGGCGCAACAAUUGAUCAAGAAGGAGCAACAGAGCACUGAGCGUUCCCCUUCUCCUAUACAUCCAUCGCUUGCCGACGCCAACCAACAUGCCGUCGCCAACAAAGUGUCGCCACUCGUUCACAUGCGACGUCGUGAUUUUAGCAUGACCGAUCUGAUCCGUCACCGUCUCUCGAAAUCGAAACACUUCAAAAAGGAGGAAGGUUGGGAUCACUUUUUAGUGCUGCAGAUUCACGGUAAUCUCAUUGCCGCCAACAACAGCAACCAGGGAAUCGCCUCGACCAUUCGUCCCAAAGGCAAAGCCAAGAAGGAGAUACUCAACAACAUAACAUUCCAGCCGGUCUACAUAUUUGUAUCGGCGCGUAACAUUAUUGUGUUUGACGUGCACUCGAUGGAGAUGACAACGAUUCUACCACACGAUCGUCUCAAGGAGUUUGCAAUCGACGCUGUCAAUCCCGGGCUGUUCUACCUGCAGGACACACUCAACGGAAAAUUCUCAUACUUCCUCGUGCCACGCCCGAAAAUCAUGGAUCUACUGACACGUGUGCUGGAGCGUGGACGCGCCAUUGCCAAGCUCACCAACAAAGCAAUGGCGCAUCUCACUCCGCGAAAGUUUGCCAUGCUCGAGCAGAGCGGCGGCAGCCAAUCGAGCUAUGGAAAACUUCCAGAGGCGCGUCCUGUCUUUGAGGAGUUGGCAGCUCGUGGAUUCUCAGAGCUCGACGUCUGGGAGGGAACUGUUGAUCUCCUGGAGAUAGUCCGCCAAUUCAAAUCGAUAUUGGUGCCAUCGGACACCAAAGCAGUGGUGGAGUUCCUACUGCCUGGAAUCGAAGACUUCAAAGGUGUCUAUAGAAAAUCAUACAAACUGGAUAUCAACACCACCGUCUACAAAAUCAUCUGUUUGAUUUGCGAAAAGGUAAACAAUGAAUCGUUGAAACCAUCGAAAUUUGUCAUUCGAACACUCAAAGGACGUACUCUCUAUGAUAAUCUGUCGUUGCGUGCCUACGGAUUGGGAUCGCUCUUCACCACCUGGCAACUACGUCUCAUUUCCCUCGACCAACCCGACAGUACCGGUAAUUUUGUAGUGGAAUUCCUCAUGCCAGAUUCACCUGAAUUCAAAGGAAUGCAAAAGAAAGCAAUCAAAGUUGAUGCCUAUCAACCAUUAAAAAGAAUUAUGAAAGGAUUAUGUGAUAAGUUGAAAGUACCAAAAUAUCAUUAUUACGAUUUGAUUGGACCGGAAGGACAGGUUUUGGGUGGCGAUGAUAUUCUUUCGAGUAUUGGUUUGGGUAUCAAGUUCAAGACAUGUAAGAUGAAGUUGCAGAAAAAGACAUUCCCAGUCGGAAAGAAUGUGGAGCAGGAUACUCCAAUGGUGCGUUCCGUUGUCAAUGAUAUUAUGGAUUCGGUUUGGCAGAAACUACAGGAGCGACACCGCGAGCGUAUCAGAAUCUAUUGUAAACAUCUGUUGGAUUACAUCGUUGACCAAACUUUUAUUGAGAUUUCCAAGGCUGAGACGGUGCCACGUCGUGUCGCCAUGUUGUCGCGUAACGCCCGCUCCGACUUUUACAGUUUGCUCGCCACCAAAGAGGAGGACGACCUCAUCCUCUCCGAGACCGACGGCUACAAGAAUCUACUGAUAAACGCACGUAGCGUUGUCGAGAACGACUUGGAACCAUCGCCAAACUACCCGAUUCGUCGGCUGGGGAUCGGAUUGCCAUCGCUCCGUGACAUCAAGCUGAGCAACGCUAGAAACACAUUCAUGUCCGACCUCGUUGAUCAACGUCAACGUAUCCACGUUCCACAAUUGAAACAGCAAGUCACCAACAAAUUCAAAGCCAGAAACGUCAACAGCAACAGUCUGAUAGUAUCACAACUAGCACUCAAACCAGGCACAUCCAAACUAGUCGAACAACUCAAAACAAGAAUGGCUGAUGUUAAAACAUACGAAAAUAUCGAUGAAAUUGAAGAUUUAGUUCCAACUUCAAAACAAUAA